AUGUAUACCCAACCUUGUUCGUUCCCUGAAGGCUUACGUGCGCAGCUUCUGGCUAGUGUGGAACGCAAUGAUCAAGAUUUCGAUAAGGUGGCAAGCGAAUUUGAGGAAGUGCGGCAACAGCUCUGCCAUGAGGACCCGGGCCUGUCUGUUGGUGAUGUCGGGGAGUUAUUCUCUGCCGAAGCGCUUGAACGACAGUGGCGCCUCAUAACGACUGCAACAGAAGCUUCCAACGAGUAUAGAGAGUUGAAAGUCGUCAAAUCGACGGUCAAAAAGUUCGAGUUUGAAGCCCCUUCAAACUACUCUAUUUUUGAUCGCACUUUGGGUGACGAGUUUGCUGCUAUUUAUGCUCACGUUAAGGCCAAACUACCGAGUACGGUGGCAGACGAGCCUAACUCUGAAGAAAGUGGCGAUGAGGUCGCUGAAGUCUUCAGUAGAGACCGCGCUUUCGGUACAGUGGAGCCGCUGAAACGGUCGCCAAAAUUCCUCGCGGCAUCCGAGGUCCCUGCAGAACCCGAAACUGAUUGA